AUGUUUACUGAAUUUGAUAGGAGGCUUGGAUUGGGAGAAGCUGCCAGUCUGAAUGCUCCUCAGAUACGACUACUUGAGAUCCUCUGUUCUUCGUUUGAUGAUCAUCUAAGCAACUCUCUUGCAGCUGCUGUGAGUCCUCAUCUAUUUCAAUCAGUCAUUGUCCAUGCUGGCAGAGAGCAUGCGUGGUAUUCGUGCCUUGGUCGUAUUCACGGACAGGGCCUCGUUCAGCUCAGCUACUUUAGCGGCCCUUGGAUCAUCCGAAUUACCUACAUUUUCUUUUCCAUCUGGUGGGGCAUUGGCGAGAUUGUCCGGCUCAGCAUCUGGCGGCAGGAAGGGAGGGCCCUCGAUAACCUGACGUCUGGUUGGCGGGAAAACGUAUGCAAAUGCUACAUAGUCUCGAAUCUGGGAUUCGCAGAGCCGUGCCUCUUUCUCACUCUUAUAUUUCUCCUCCGUGCAUCCCUGCAGAGCUCGGGCACUUUGGGCUCGAAAUGGAACGUGAAGACUGCCGGCUUUGUUCUCUUGUACGGCUUCCCCAUGUUUGUUCUUCAGCUAGCUGUGAUUCUUAUUGGGCCAGAGUAUAGGCAGGUCCACAACCCCAGACUGCCAUCUUAUUUCAUCCAAGCAUCUUCUGAUACUGAUGUCGCCUUCUGCACUUACCCUUUGCUUAGCACCAUGUUUCUUGGCCUGUUUGCGACUGUUCUGACCGUCUACCUCUUCUGGCUCGGUAGGCGGAUCCUUCAUCUGGUCAUCAACAAAAGCUUGCAGAAGAGAGUGUACACAUUGAUAUUCUCUAUUUCGAGUUUUUUCCCUCUGAGGGUCGUUUUGCUUGGUCUGACCGUGCUGCCUGAUCCAGAUAGGCUCGUAUUUGACGUGGUAGCGUUCUUGGCUUUUCUUUCACUCCUGUGUUGUGCUAGUGUGGGAAUCUGCAUGCUCGUGUACCUUCCCAUUGCAGAUUCUCUGUCCUUGAGGAGUUUGGAGAGGGAUAUCGAGGCUAGACGAGGAGUGAGUGACGACACCCUCUCUUUGCUUACUAAUCAAAGUCCUCUUGAAGGGAGUCUUGUGAGUGGUGGUAGUCCCAAGAGGAACUCGUCAGUGUCGGGAAAAAGCGGGUCGAUUUCUUUUCGGGCCAUGGAGACUGACGAGCCAUGCGGUUCGGGAUUUGUGGAGCUGAGCCUGUUCAAUCCUGACCAGCAGUUGAUGACCCCAUUUGGGUCCCCGAGGCUUGGCGGUUGUCUGCUUGUUAUUCCCACCUUAUUUUUCAUGGUGGAAUUGAGUAAACCGGUCCAUUUAACCGGUCACACGAAUCUAACACUGGGAAAGCCAUGUUGGUCGAACAAUAUCGAGCUGAAUGGUAGUAGUCGAACACUGCGGGAGUGGGGUGAGAAGAAUCUCGGUAUGGGAUAUGCGUUGGUCUCGAAUACAUGGGAAAUCUGGUCGAAGAUCGACUUAUCGAGCAAGAGAUCAUCAGAUCGACCACCUCGUAGAACAAACACUGACUUAAGCAUCGGAGGCUCUUCAUUGGAAAACCCCUCUGGCGUGAGAGUUCUUUUCAGGUACGCGGCAUUCUACCGGCGAGGAGGAGGAGGCGAACCGAUUUCCAGCCGCUUGGUGGCUAUGGCGGAUAGAAUUCCCAGAAUCAAUUUGCAGCCAUCGUUCGAUGAGGCUUGGACGACGACAAGACCGUUCGGAGAAGGCCCUCCUCCGGGUUUCUCUGGACCUUUACCAACACCGGUGACCCCAACACCUACUCCUCAAGGAGCGCCAUGGCUACUCACAAAGGAAUCAUGCAUAGACCUCCUAAAAUCCUGCAAGUCCAUGCUGCAUCUCAGGCAAAUACAGGCCCAUAUCUUCACCCAUGGCCUCCACCACAACAUCGACGUCCUGCACAAGCUCGUGGCCUUCACCUCGGCGGCUAACCUAGCCCAUGCUGACAAGAUACUCGCCCGAAUAGAACGCCCGACCCUGUUCAUCUACAACGUGAUGAUCAAGGCUCACGCGAAAUCAGGUAGUUUCCGGGAAGCCCUUUUCCUGUUCGACGAAUUGCGCGCGCGGGAGUUGUGUCCCGAUAAUUACACAUACCCUUUCGUGUACAAGGCCGUCGUGGGGCUGGGGCUGGUUCGUGAGGGUGAAAAGAUUCAUGGGUUCGUGUUGAGAAGUGGAGUUCUGUAUGAUUCUUAUGUCUGUAAUUCGGUUUUGAAUAUGUACGGAGAUCUGGGGUUUGUACAGUGCUUGAGUAAACUGUUCGAUGAAAUGCCGCUGAGAGACUUGGUUUCUUGGAACGUGUUUAUUUCUGGUUUAGUGAAGAACAACAGGUUCGAAGAUGUUGUUCGUGUCUACAAGAAAAUGAGGGUAGUGAAAAGCGUGCUUCCGGAUGAGGCCACAGUUGUCACCACUCUAUCUGCUUGUACGGCGUUAAAAAAUUUGGAUCUUGGUCGCGAGAUUCACGAGUAUGUAAAAACACAGCUGGAUUUUACGUUGAUAAUCGGAAAUGCACUUCUGGAUAUGUAUGCCAAGUGUGGGUGCUUAGAUAUAGCCAGGGAAAUAUUUAACUCCAUGCCGGAAAAGAAUGUGAUCUGUUGGACGAGCAUGAUUUCGGCAUAUGUGAAUGCGGGCCGUCUGAAUGAGGCCCGUGCACUGUUUGAGAGGACCCCAGUUCGGGAUCUCAUCCUGUGGACGACGAUGAUUAAUGGGUAUGUGCAGUUUAAAGAAGUUGGUGAGGCUAUGGCCUUGUUUAGGUACAUGCAGAUGGAGAGAAUUAAGCCGGACAAGUAUACUUUAGUUGCUUUACUUACUGGAUGUGCUCAACUGGGAGCCUUGCAACAAGGCGAGUGGAUUCACACGUACUUGGUGGAAAAUCGAAUAAAUAUUGAUGCUGUGGUUGGUACUGCUUUAAUAGAAAUGUACGCAAAAUGCGGUUGUUUAGAGAAAUCCUUAUAUAUUUUCGACCGAUUGAAACAAAAGGAUACGGCAUCGUGGACUUCCAUAAUAUGCGCGCUUGCUUUGAACGGGAACACAUCUAAGGCGUUAGAAUUAUUUUCUGAAAUGAUAGAAGUCGGGAUUAGACCUGAUGAUGUCACGUUUAUAGGCGUUCUGAGUGCGUGCAGUCAUGGAGGGCUGGUUGAGGAAGGGCGUAUGCAUUUCGACUCCAUGUCUAGGGUUUAUAAAGUAGAGCCGAAGCUUGAACACUAUGGAUGCCUGAUCGACCUUCUUGGUCGUGCAGGGCUCUUGGAUGAGGCGGAGGACAUGAUAAAUAAAGUCUCUGGUAGAGAAAACGAUAUUAUCGUGCCACUUUAUGGAGCACUGCUUAGUGCUUGCAGGAACUAUGAGAAUGUGAAUAUGGGUGAACGUAUUGCAAGGCGGCUUUUGGAGAUUGAGUCGAGUGAAUCCAGCAGUCAUACUCUGAUGGCCAGCAUUUAUGCUGCGGCCAGUAGAUGGGAGGAUGUGAGGAGAGUCAGAGAUAGAAUGGCUGCUGUGGGGUCCAAGAAGCUGCCUGGAUGCAGUGCUGUCGAAAUUGGAAAUGCCAGCUAG